GCCCUCCUUCACCUCGAAAGCGAAUCCAUGACAUCCACUCCGCCCGGGCGCGGCGGUGGCCAGUCCCAGCCACCCAAAUACAUCAAUGACUUCAGCAAGGCGCUCGCAAACGAAGUAAAAAUCUUGCUGGCAGAAGUUGGAAAGUUGAGAGAUGAGAAACGGGCGUUGCAAUUCGAAAUCGCGGAGCUCAUGAGCAUCAAGGCGAAACACAGCAGUGCAGAGGGGAUGUAUACCGGUUGGAGACCACCACCACCCGCAGCUAUUGAGCCUCCGCCACCUGCAGAACCCGCCCCGCCACCCCCGCCUGCACCAGGUGGCUGGAGGGUAAUCCAUGCUCCUCACGUGCCCAAGCCGCGCAAGCAGAAACUUGCAUUGCCUGCUGCCCCAACACCCGCCCCGGCGCCGACCCCCGCCCCUCCUGCGGCAAAUAUGCCUGCUUGGGCCCAGUGGAGACCAAACCCACUCCUUGCGCCAGGCACGGCCGCCGGGCCGCCAGCACACACUGUUGUGCCUCCCCCACAGAGACCAGGCAUAUUUGGUCGCAUGACGCCUCCCCCAAAGUGA